GCCUCUUUCAGAGGACGGUACUGCUAAGCAACCUUCGCUUGUAGCAAUACAUCCACCUGCUUCAAAGGCUGCAAAGCUAGGAAGAUGGGAGGAAAAGCGGAGAAGGGGUCCUCCUUCGGCUUCUCUAGAGAAUCUCUCCGCCGAGCUACCGCGCGGCAGCCGGGAGUCCCAGACGACCACCCCUUCCAAUGUGUCCUCCGUGGGGCGUGGGGAGAACGAGAGAAAAGAACUGAGUCAGGAGGCCGAGCGGAGACUCUGAUGACUCCUCCGGCCUCCCCAACACCCUCCAGCCUCUCCCACAGCACUAGCCAGCCUGGAAGGGCCGGGGUCGGGGGGAACCCCACACAGGUGUGCUGUGGGUUCCCGCGGCGCUCCCCGCAACGAGGCCCUAGUCCUAGCCCAACAGGGCAGAGCACACCCGCCCGGGCGCCCCCCGGCCGCCCCAGAGGGGCGCGCCGGUCCCCAAGCCGGCCUCCCCCAAACCCAGGCCCGCAGAGGCCAGGCCCGCCCGCCCGCCAGGCCAGGCCCCCAGCCCAGCCCGCGGGCGCGGCCUAACCGCUUGCCCGGCAGCUCGCCUCCGGCGUCCGAGGGUCGCCGUACCUGGGCGGCGGCCUCCAGCUUGCCCUCGAAGGUGAAGUCCAGCAAGUCGGGCUUGAGGCAAAGGCUGUAGUUAAUGGGGGAGACAUCGGCAGGCAGCCGCUCG